UGGUUUCUUUUGUCUCGCUAGGGUUUGGUUCGUCGCUGGUUGGGCGUUGGGUGCGCGAGAUCUGUGUUGCUGCGCCGCGGCCGCUCCACCGCCGCCUCUCUCUCAGCUCCCGCCCCACGGUAAAUCCCUCUCGGCGCUCUCCACGGAUUGGCCUUUUCCUCGGCGGCGAUGCGCGCUCCUUCUUGGCCGCGGCUGCCAGGGUUUUAGUGACUAGGGUUUGGGUGUAGGAGCUGCGCUGCGCGAUUCUUGGGCUCGCUCUUGGACGAAUUCCGCCAUGGAAAAUGCUGCUCCAUACAACCCACGCACUGUGGAGGAGAUUUUCACCGAUUUCAAGAAGCGGAGAGCUGGAAUGGUGAAAGCGCUGACAGAAGAUGUGGAGCAAUUCUGCAAUGAAUGCGAUCCAGACAAGGAAAACCUGUGCCUGUAUGGAUUUCCCGACGAGAGCUGGGAGGUGAAUUUCCCAGCGGAAGAAGUUCCUCCGGAGCUCCCGGAGCCGGCGCUCGGCAUCAACUUUGCGAGAGAUGGGAUGGAGCGCAAGGCAUGGCUGUCGCUAGUAGCAGUCCACAGCGACGCGUGGUUAAUUGCAGUGGCUUUUUUCUAUGGUGCCCAUUUUGACAGGGCAGACAGGAAGCGCUUGUUUAGCUUGAUGAACUCGCUUCCAACCAUCUACGAUACGGUCACCGGGAAGAAGCAAGCGCAGGAGAAAACAAACGGCAACAGCAGCUCCAAAAGGGCUUCUAGUGCGAAAUCUAAGAAGCCCCCAUCGAGCGACGAGGAGGACGAAGACUCUCCUUACGACGAAGACGAGGAGGAGCACGGUGACACCUUCUGCGGGACCUGCAAUGGCCCCUACAACGCGGACAAGAAGGAGUUCUGGAUAGGAUGCGAUACGUGCCAAAAGUGGUUUCAUGGGAGCUGUGUCAAGGUUACACCGGCCAGAGCGGAACACAUCAAGCAGUACAAAUGCCCGUCUUGCAGCAAGAGGGCCCGGGUGUAGAAGCGGAAGAUGGUCGAUCGAAACAGGCAAGAGCAGUAUUUCCCGAACCGGUACAGGACAUCAGUUCUUCGUCAGUGAAAGAAAGAAAAACAGUAGGAGUCAAAUUCUUUCAGUGAGGCACUCUCUACGACAAGAAGGUUCUUCAGUUUCCAUACUUUUUUUUAAGCUUUGUUCCCUUAAUGUUUGUUGGUUCUUAUUUCUCGAUCCUCCUGAUCCUCCGUUUUUGUUUUUUUUUGUUUACCUUUCUCUUUUUUCUUUUUUUUUUCCGUUCUUCUCCAACAGAAAUGAAACUGUAUAUUCUGGAA